CGAUGACGUAGCCCCAUUGCGGCCUCGGCUACCCGCGAGCGCAGCGCGGGCGGCGCCCGCCACUCCGGUCGCGCGGCUCCGCUUUGUCCCGGGCCUGUCCCUUGGCCGUGCCGCCCGCAGCCCCGCGUCGCGCUGGCGUCGUCCUCGUCUCCGCCGGCGCCCCGGCGCGAGCCGGACGGCGAGGCCAUGGACGCGGAGCUGGUGGUGACGCCUCCGGGCUGUGCGCACCUGGGCAGCUUCAAGGUGGACAACUGGAAGCAGAACCUGCGCGCCAUUUACCAGUGCUUCGUGUGGAGCGGCUCGGCGGAGGCCCGCAAGCGCAAGGCGAAGUCGUGCGUGUGUCACGUGUGCGGCGUCCACCUGAACCGGCUGCACUCCUGCCUCCACUGCGUCUUCUUCGGCUGUUUCACGAAGAAGCACAUUCACGAGCACGCCAAGUCGAAAAGGCACAACCUGGCCAUAGAGCUUAUGUAUGGAGGUAUCUACUGCUUUUUGUGUCAGGACUACAUUUAUGACAAAGACAUAGAAAUCAUUGCCAAAGAGGAACAGCGGAAAGCUUGGAAAAUGCAAGGUGUCGGGGAGAAGUUUUCAACGUGGGAGCCGACCAAACGGGAGCUCGAGCUGCUGAAACACAACCCCAAGCGACGGAAGAUCACGUCCAACUGCACCAUAGGUCUCCGAGGCCUCAUCAACCUGGGGAACACGUGCUUCAUGAACUGCAUCGUGCAGGCGCUGACGCACACGCCGCUGCUGCGCGACUUCUUCCUGUCUGACCGGCACCGCUGCGAGAUGCAGAGCCCCGGCUCCUGCCUGGUCUGCGAGAUGUCCUCCCUCUUCCAGGAGUUCUACUCGGGGCACCGGUCCCCCCACAUCCCAUACAAGCUGCUGCACCUGGUGUGGACGCACGCCCGGCACCUGGCGGGCUACGAGCAGCAGGACGCUCACGAGUUCCUCAUUGCGGCCCUGGACGUCCUGCACCGGCACUGCAAAGGUGACGAUAACGGGAAGAAGGCCAGCAACCCUAACCACUGCAACUGCAUCAUAGACCAGAUCUUCACGGGGGGGCUGCAGUCCGACGUCACCUGCCAAGUGUGCCACGGGGUCUCCACCACCAUCGACCCCUUCUGGGACAUCAGCCUGGACCUGCCCGGCUCUUCCACCCCCUUCUGGCCCCUGAGCCCUGGGAGCGAGGGCAGCGUGGUGAACGGAGAGAGCCACGCGUCGGGGACCACGACCCUCACGGACUGCCUGCGGAGAUUUACCAGACCAGAGCACUUAGGAAGCAGUGCCAAGAUCAAGUGUAGCGGUUGCCAUAGCUACCAGGAGUCCACGAAGCAGCUCACCAUGAAGAAGCUGCCCAUCGUGGCCUGUUUCCAUCUCAAACGAUUUGAACACUCGGCCAAACUUCGGCGCAAGAUCACCACCUACGUGUCCUUCCCCCUGGAGCUGGACAUGACCCCCUUCAUGGCCUCCAGCAAGGAGAGCAGGAUGAACGGACAGUACCAGCAGCCGGUGGACAGUCUCAGUAACGAUAACAAGUACUCCUUGUUUGCGGUGGUCAACCACCAGGGGACCCUGGAGAGUGGCCACUACACGAGCUUCAUCCGGCAGCACAAGGACCAGUGGUUCAAGUGUGACGACGCCAUCAUCACCAAGGCUAGCAUUGCGGACGUGCUGGACAGCGAGGGGUACCUGCUGUUCUAUCACAAACAGUUCCUGGAGUACGAGUAGCCAGUACUUGUCGGCGCACCGGCAAGUCCCCCGAAGUCAUCCGGGCGCCCGGGGUCGCGUGGUGUGGACGCUUGGCAAGAGGUGGGCUGGGGGGGGCAGAGGAGACGUGCGCCGGAGUGUCUCCUGUGUCCCCCGCGAGCCGGGGCAGGCGCAGCCCCCGCGCCAGCCGUUCCACGCUGUGGCGCGGAAAGCAGGAGCUGGAGGGGACGGAGCCCUCGCGGGUCUUCCUCGUGGUGAGUCUGGUGUCCGUGCGCAGCGCGGACUCGGGCGGGAGCCCCGGAGGCUGCGGAGCUGCAGACCCCGUGGGGCCUCCGAGCGCGUCUGUCCUGCAGACGAGCGACGCCAUCCUGCACGUGGAAGCCAAUCCCCGCUUCCUAGAAACAGGCGUUUGCGUAUGUCCCCCUUUCUUUUUCCAUGAUGGUGAAUCUCAUAAACGUAAUGAUGGUAAUGUGAAUGAAUUACUGGGUUCAGGCUGAAAUUUAGAUCGUUUUCCUUUUAUUCUGGAGAGUGGAUCUUGCUUUUUCCUCGGUGCUGUUUUUGUUGCCCCCGCCCGCCCCCCAGGCGUCUUUGACCUGGUCGGAGCUGCCAGGCUCAGUGGAGGAAGAUCAGGCUGCGCUGGGAACGGUCUCUGUCGUAUUUAAUCUUUUAGGAACUGAAGCGUUUCCAGUGGCUUCACUGUUUCCCUCCUGUGUUUCCUUCCUGGCCACCUGUCCCGCGAACUCUCCUGGUCGCUGCUGGGCGGC